GAUGAAUCAUUUUUCGGGGUUUCAGUUCAUCUUCUUGAUGAAGCAGUUUGUUUGGGUUUCACCUAUCGAAGACGUCAUUUCAAAGUGGCCGGGGGAAAAGCAACAUUUCUUCCACCAACGUCUUCAAUACAUUGCCAGGCGGCUCUGCAUGACAAUUUGUCAUCUCUGCUGCUCGCCAGAUGCCCUCAUCAAUUCUCUUGAGUGUCUGCAGGCCGAGGGGUAUGCACGGAAAUCGCUUCUCUAAGAAUCGGCGAGAGAACAAGUUUCUCUUCUCCUUCUUAGUCGGUCUUUCUGUACGACGUAUCUCGGUUGCCUGUCAACUACGAUAGGCAACACAGCCUGGCAAUAAAACUGGGAAAUUUGAGCGACACUGCUGCUCUAGCAACCGUGUUCUUCUCCGACACGCUUUCUUUUUGCUUGAUGU